AUGUCAGACAAGUGGCUCCGCUUUGCAGCUCAUCAGCCGAAACGGAAGCGUGCUGAGGCCGUCUGCUUCUUCUGCCACUCUAAGAAGAUCAAGUGCGACUUACAGGGUCGAAGGACCCAGGGUGAAGCAAGAUGCACCAACUGUGAGGUUCAGGACCAGGACUGCCAUCUCAGGCCCUCGAGGAGAGGGAAGACGCGCCAGAGGGUGACUGCUCAGAACCAAGAUGAAAGUGAGGCUCAGUUCGACCAUUUGGCGACUAUUGCCCCUAGCAAUGAUCUAAGCAAUGGAGCCAUGGUCCCAACUCCGUCCUCUAUCAGAGCCACUCAGCCAGAGAUAUCGUACACAGCGGUAUCAGCAGAGGACCCGCCCGGACCAAGCUCGUACCAAGGAACACAGCCAAGCGCGUCACCCACUGAGGGUGGCGGGCGAAGCCAUGGUGGCGAUGUCGACACCGGAUUUCUACAAGUCUACGGGCCUGAGAACCAGCUCGACGCGGAGCAACAAGAGCUUCUGGCCAGUCUAGACAUGGAGAACCCAUCGUCCGAUCCUCGGCAGCAAGAACUCCAACAGAGCUUUUCAGAGACCUACUUCAGGUACUGCUAUGCAUGGUGCCCCGUGCUUGACCGCGACACCUUGGAAGCGGAUCUAGAGAGGUCACCAAUGCUAGCUAAUGCACUUGCACUCGCCGCAAGUCAUGUUCAGCCACCUUUGGUCAAGCAUGAGGGACCAGCUGAGUAUUAUCGGAAAGCUCGCAUGAUAUUCUACAACGACGAGGAGGCAGAUAUUAUCACUGCGUUGAAGGCCAUCUCACUAUUUUACUGGUGGGCUCCCCGUCCGCCCUCGAUAGCACAUCGUCAUUCCUCUUGGUGGUGGACGUCAGUCAUCAUCAGACACGCUCAGCAGAUGAACAUACAUCGUGAGCCUACAGAGGAAGUAGCACAGGCCGCAGGAAUAGACCUAGGCCUUCGGCGGCGGCUGUGGUGGACAGUAUUCGCACGAGAACGUCUCACCUCGCUCUGCCAAAGCAAGCCCUGCAUCAUCUGCCCAGAAGAUAUGAACAUCAGAGAGCCACAGUCGGAAGACUUCCCGAGUGAUGCUACAUCUCAAAAGAAGGGACGCAUCUUCCUUUAUUGGGUUCGACUAUGUGCCAUCAUCGGCAAGGUCUCCAAGGUCUUGUCUCAGUCCUCCAGCGCUCCUUUCCCUGCGGACCUUAGACAAGAGCUCGUCAACUGGGUGCAGACUCUACCGCCAGAUCUCCAGCUCUCUAUUGGCUCCAGCCGAACAGUAUCCUUCAAUCGAGAUGUCCAUCAGCUCCAUCUACCAUACCUCACUACUGUUAUCAUCAUCCACCUACAAAGGACGGCGCCAGACUUGCCCCAAGCUCUCCCGCCUGCCAUACUAGCCGCGUCGUGUAUUGCAAGGAUCCUCAGGGACAUUUUAUCACGUGGUAAUGCCCGAUUUCUGAUGGCCAUCACCUGUUGGUACUGUGGUACUGCCUUCAUUGCGCUGCUUCAAGCCAGUCGUAUCAAGCAGUUCGCGCAAGAGGCAGAGGAGGGUCUAGACAUCUUGGAACAAGCGGUUGGCCAGCUACAAAAGAUGUGGGCUUCUGCAAACGUCAUCCGGCAAGGCUUUGAACGAUUACGCAGUCUACCAAGAACAACGAUACAGUCUGGUAGACCAAAGCCUGCGGCAGCUCACGGGGAUGACCUGUCUGAUGAAUUCAACUGGAUUCUGCUUUUCCCUUUCGUAACCAGGUCAACGAGUAGGAUUGCUGAUCACUUGAUUGCUGAUAAAGAGCUUGGUACUACAGCAACGGCACUUCCAUCACCUGAGAAUGGUGUUUUUCAUCAUGAUCUUCUAGAAGGAUAUCAGGAUCUCCUGGAACCAUUUGUCGACUACACAUUUGACUUUUCUACCCUGGGAUUUGAGACUUUGUAA